UGACUUGUAAAUAAUAUUAAAUUAAAAAUAUGACAUUAGAAGCAACAAUGAUUGUGAUGGAUAAUAGUGAAUUUGCAAGAAAUGGGGAUUAUUUACCUACACGAUUUGGAUCUCAAAAAGAUGCUAUUAAUCUGAUUUUUUCAGCAAAAAUGAGAGCACAUCCUGAAAACAUGAUAGGGUUAAUGUCUAUGGGAGGAAAAGGUCCAGAAAUAUUAGUUACAUUAACACAAGAUUAUGGCAAAUUUCUAGCAGCAAUGCAUGAAUCAAAGAUUGGAGGGAACUCAAAUAUUUGUACGAGUAUUCAAGUGGCUCAUCUUGCACUUAAACAUCGGCCUGAAAAACGUCAAAGACAAAGAAUUAUUGUAUUUGUUGGAUCUCCAGUUACAGAAGAUGAAAAAACGUUGGUUAAAUUAGCAAAGAAAAUGAAAAAAAAUAAUGUUUCUGUUGAUUUUGUUUAUUUCGGGGAAAUAUGUGAAGAAAAUACAGCAAAAUUAAAUGCAUUUAUUGAAGCAAUUAAUAGUGAUAACAACUCACAUCUUACAACAAUACCACCUGGGCCUCGUUUAUUAUCAGAUCAGCUUCUAUAUUCCCCGAUAAUUGCUACAGAUAGGGCUUCGAUGCAUUCUACUUCUAAUAUUCAGGGCGGAUUUCCGAGUGAACAUUUUGAUUUUGGCGUAGAUCCUAAUCUUGACCCAGAACUUGCAUUAGCGCUUCAAAUGUCGCUUCAAGAAGAACAAGCUCGUCAAGAGGUACAAGAAGGUAGGUCUCGCGAAAAUAAUACUGAACUUUCAAAUCAUACUAUCCAAAAAGAUUCUACUCAAGAAAAUACUGAAAAAAUGGAUGUUGAAAAAUAAUCUGCUAUUUAAUUAUUUUUAUUUAUUCCACUUUUUUUUUAUAAAAAAAAUU